GAAUCUUUUAGGUGUUGGUUGCUUUUCUGCCUCUCCUUUUACCCCAUCCCCCUCUCCUUUUUCUUUUUUUUUGAUUUUUUUUUAUUCAUUUUUUUUUGCCUUUCUUAUUCUUCAUUAUCAUAAUCAUCAUCAUCAUCACUACCACACUUUCAACCUAUCUUUCUAUCUAAAUAUCAUAUAAACGAAACUCAAUAAAAUCAUGGCUGAUAUCAUUUCCUCUCCUCGCUCACGACCUGCGUCUCUUCGCCAGGUGCGAAGAAAGGAUCCUAAUGGCUCUUCCUCCCGCCCUUCGUCUCGGCCUUCGUCUCGGCCUUCUUCUCGACCACCCUCGCCACCCGCACCUUCUUCUCCUCUUAUUGGACCCGUUGGAAAUGAUUCGGAAGUGAUUGCAACAGCGUUGGUUAUCAAAAAUAUUCCUUUCUCAGUCAAGAAAGAUGCCCUGUUGGCUAUGCUGAGUGCUCUGGAUACUCCUCCACCUUAUGCAUUCAACUACCACUUUGAUAACGGUGUAUUCCGUGGUCUGGCAUUCGCAAACUACCGCACCGCUCAAGAGACCGAGAUCGUAGUCAAGGCAUUGAACGGACUCGAGGUUGGGGGCCGCAAGAUCCGUGUCGAGUACAAGAAGGUGCUUCCAACUGCGCUUGAAAAAGAAAAGGAAGACAGAAAGCGAGACUCAGCAGAGAUGAUAAUUCCUCCAUUGGUCUCCUCAUUGUCCCAGUCGCUAAUCGAGCGCAAAUCAUCUAGCCAUUCUUUGCGCCAGAUGUCCAACGCACAGUCCUCCUCUUCUUCCUCUCAACCUACUUACGAUGACUCCCUUGAUUUAAACGACCCGGCUGUACUUCAGCUGUAUGACCUUAUGCUCGUUUUCCGAUGUGACCAGAACCGCCAUGAGAUGGGUCUGUCGAAAUCCAUGGGCCUGAAGGAACGACGAGACGCUCACAUCAUUGCUGAGAAACUCGGUCUUUCGCACUACUCUGAAGGAUUUGGCCCUGAUCGCCAAAUCUUCAUUGCCAAGAAGACUAGCAAUAAUGGUUCACAGCACUUGCGUAAAACAUCGCGUGUGAAUCUGCGUCCGAGCACCAGCCGCGAUCGGCUUAGUCAAUUGUCAGAAGGAGGCAAGAGAGAUAGCAGCUAUUAUAGAAAGACAACAUUGCAUUCUUCUUAUCCUAUGUCUGAUUCAGCCUCUAACGGUUCUGGUAGUGGAGCCUCCACUCCUUCUUCCAGCGGAAUAAUUCACCCAAUUCGCCAGCCGAGAGGCCCCGAGCCAGACAAGAAUUUUGCUUCCCGAAGAAAUGCCCAGGCACAACAAUUGGCAGAGGCACUGUCCCGCCAUCACAUCACAAAUGUGGGUGCCUAAAAAUCAACGCAACGCAACACGAACAAUUGAAUGAACAAAUGAACAAACGAACAAACGAACAAAUUAGUUAGUGAUGACC